AUGGCACCCAAGGUCUUCUUGACAGGAACAACUGGAUACAUUGGCGGUGACGGCUUUUACUCCGUUCACCAAGCCCAUCCUGACUGGCAGCUAUCUGUCCUUGUGCGCAGCAAGGACAAGGCUGCGAAGCUGGCCAGUGAAUAUCCCCAGGUCCGGAUCGUUCACGGUGACCUGGACUCGGCCGACAUCAUUGAAGAAGAAGUUAAGAACGCGGACAUUGUCUACCACUUUGCGGACUGUGACCACGUCGCCUCAGCCGAGGCAAUCGCCAAAGGUGCCAGCCACCACACUCCCCAAAACCCCGUCUGGUGGAUUCACACCUCCGGCACCGGCAUCCUAACUGUCGAAGACUUCCGCACCAACACCUGGGGUAUCGAGCGCUCCAAGGAGUACAACGACUGGGAUGGCGUCUCUGAACUUCUCAACCUCCCCGACGACGCCCUCCACCGCAACGUCGACAAGAUUGUCAUCGAAGCCAGCAAGAACAACCCUGACAGCAUCAAGACAGCUAUCGUCUGCCCGCCCACGAUCUAUGGUCCCGGCCGUGGUCCCGGUAACCAGAAGAGUGUGCAGGCGUACUGGCUUACUGGUGCUGUGUUGCAGCGGAAGAAGGGUCUGCUUGUUGGACAGGGUACGAACAUUUGGCACCAAGUUCAUGUGCAGGAUCUGAGCAAGGUUUAUCUUUCUCUUGGUGAGGCUGCAGCUACUGGUGGUGCCCCAGCGACCUGGAAUGAUGCGGGUUACUACUUUGCUGAGAAUGGAUCGUUUGUUUGGGGCGAUAUCGAGCGGGAGGUUGCCAAGGUUGCGCAUGAGAAGGGUCUAAUUUCGUCUCCGGAUGUGGAAUCCAUUCCUGAUGCUCAGGUUACCGAACUGAACCAGUUUGGUUUGUAUGCUUGGGGUAGUACCUCGCGGGGUCAUGCUAUUCGGGCCCGGAAAUUGCUGGGAUGGACUCCUGAGAAGCCGAAGCUGAUUGAGUUGAUUCCGCAUAUUGUUGAUGUGGAGGCUAAGGGCCUGGGAUUACAAUGA